GCGCGGGAGCGGCAGGGCACAGGCGGCGGCGGCGAGAGCGAGAGGCGGCGUUGGGACCACGGCCCUGCAGCCUGACCAUCAUGAGCACGAAGCAGAUCACCUGCAGGUAUUUUAUGCAUGGUGUGUGUCGGGAAGGAAACCAAUGCCUGUUCUCACAUGACUUGGCCAACAGCAAGCCGUCCACCAUCUGCAAAUACUAUCAGAAGGGCUGUUGCGCCUAUGGAAGCCGAUGCAGAUAUGAUCACACGAGGCCCUCUGCUGCAGCUGGUGGUGCUGUGGGCACCGUGCCCCACAGUGUGCCAUCCCCGGGUUUCCACAGUCCUCACCCUCCUUCCGACCUCACUGCAUCUAUUGUGAAAACUAACUUACACGAGCCUGGGAAACGUGAAAAGAGAACACUGGUACUUAGAGACCGAAAUCUCUCUGGCAUGGCUGAAGAAGAGACUUGCCCAAGUGUGUUGAAUAAUCCAGGAGGCUGCAGUGACCACCAGAAUGGCCCAGAGAUGAAGCCACACUCCUACCUAGAUGCAAUCAGGAGUGGCCUUGAUGACUUAGAAGCCAGCAGCUCCUACAGCACUGAGCAGCAGCUGUGCCCCUAUGCAGCUGCUGGGGAGUGCCGAUUUGGGGAUGCUUGUGUCUACCUGCAUGGGGAAGUGUGUGAAAUCUGUAGGUUACGAGUCCUGCACCCCUUCGACCCAGAGCAGAGGAAGGCUCAUGAGAAGAUCUGCAUGUCGACGUUCGAACACGAGAUGGAAGAGGCCUUUGCCUUCCAGGCAAGUCAGGACAAAGUGUGCAGUAUCUGCAUGGAAGUGAUCCUCGAGAAGGCGUCUGCUUCUGAGAGGAGAUUUGGGAUUCUCUCCAACUGCAAUCACACGUACUGCUUGUCCUGCAUCCGACAGUGGAGGUGUGCCAAGCAGUUUGAGAACCCAAUCAUUAAGUCUUGUCCAGAAUGCCGUGUGAUAUCAGAGUUUGUAAUUCCAAGUGUGUAUUGGGUAGAAGAUCAGAAUAAAAAGAACGAAUUGAUUGAAGCUUUCAAACAGGGAAUGGGAAAAAAAGCUUGUAAAUACUUUGAGCAAGGCAAGGGGACCUGCCCAUUUGGAAGCAAAUGCCUUUACCGCCAUGCUUACCCUGAUGGGCGGCUAGCAGAGCCGGAGAAACCUCGGAAACAGCUGAGUUCUGAAGGCACUGUGAGGUUCUUUAAUUCAGUGCGGCUCUGGGAUUUCAUUGAGAACCGAGAAAGCCAGCAUGUCCCCAACACUGAAGGUGUCGACGUGACAGAGCUUGGGGACCUCUUCAUGCACCUGUCCGGAGUGGAGUCGUCAGAACCCUGAAGAGUAGAUGGUCGCCCCUGCAUCUUAGGCUCCGCCGGCCAAGCCUUCCCCAAGUUUAUGGUGUGCAGAGCUUCCUUUAAUACAGCCCAAGGUGGCGUGA